AUGUGUGCCUGGAUCGAAAUAGCCCCGUUCUUCUCAGAACGCCGAGAUAUCAUGUUUUCACUUAAACAGACUAAACUUGUCCAGCCACCGGCUGGUGUUGACCCGGCGCAGAGGCGGGAGGGAAGUACGACUUACCUCUAUGCGGUAACGGUGUUUGUGUCUCUCGGUGCAUUCUUGUUUGGUUAUGAUCAAGGUGUUAUGGGUGUCAUCGUUGCGGAUCAAAGAUGGAUUGAUUUGAUGCAUCCUAAGAACUCUUGGGUGACUGGAACUGUGGUGUCUCUCUAUGAUGUCGGAUGUUUUAUCGGAGCUAUGUCCCUUGGGUAUCUUGCGGAUCCAAUUGGUCGUGAACGGACCCUGGCAAUUGCCUGUGUUGUGUUUAUUAUCGGUGCCAUUCUCCAAGUUACAUCCUAUUCAAUCACACAAAUAACUAUUGGCCGCGUGAUCCUAGGAUAUGGAGUUGGAGCCUGUGCAGGUGGUGUCCCUCUCUAUGUCGCCGAACUCUCACCACCCGCAAUCCGAGGCCGAAUCGUCGCCAUCGAACAAAUGAUCCUAUGUCUCGGAGAAUUAGUUGCCUUUUGGAUCAACUAUGGAUUCAACUUCCUCGAGACUGACGAUUGGUGGCGUAUUCCACUGGCCAUUCAGAUUGUGCCCGCCAUCAUUCUGGGUAUUGGCUGUUGGUUCUGGGUACCACCCAGUCCGCGUUGGCUGGCUAGCCAAGAUCGUCACGACUGUGCACGAGAGGUUCUCAUUCGACUCCACGGAACUGAGGCUGCAGAGCUCGAAAUGCAGGAGAUAAUGAGUUCUAUCGAGUUUGAGCAUACGGUGAGCGAGGCCACUUGGGGUGAUAUGUUUACAAUGCCCGUGUUGCGUGUGACUUUGCUGGGAAUGGCCGUUCAAUUCUUACAACAAAUCACUGGCACCAACUCGAUUUUGUAUUACACUCCAUCGCUAUUCGAGCGCGGGGGAAUCAAAGAUCCCCGCACCGCAAACUUAGCCACCGGCGGCGUAGGCGUCGUCCUCUUCGUCUUCUCAUGGGUCCCGAUUUUCUACUUCGAUCGACUCGGUCGAAAGACCUGGCUCCAAAUCGGCACCGUCGGAAUGAUGGGUGCAAUGAUUGGCAUCACCGUGUUACAGUGGCAUGCUGAGCACCAUCCAGGUGAUAAUGCUAACUAUACAAUCAUAAUGUUCCCGUACUUGUUCUACGUGUUCUUCAACAUCAGUUGGGGCGUUGGAUCGUGGACAUAUGCGGCUGAGAUUUUCCCCGUCUCGAUGCGAGCGAAGGGUAAUGCGUUGACGACUGCUUCGCUUUGGGCAGCGUGCUAUAUCGUGGCACAGGCGAGUCCCCCUAUUGCUGAUGCUAUUGGCUGGGGUCUGUAUAUUAUCUAUUCUGGCAUCUGCGUGGUUGCAUUUUUCUUCGUUCGUUAUGCCAUGGUUGAGACUCGGGGUCGCACGCUGGAAGAAAUGUCCCGGCUGUUUGGUAUCGAGAGCCGUUUGGCUGAGCGUGUCGGUAUCAAACCGGGCGAGGUGAACAAGACGUCUGUCGAGGAGCAUGUGGAGGAUGUAGGCCCUUCGAGUUCAUGA